AUGGGCCCUAAGAGAGUUCUCAUCACGUACGGCGUCGACGUUGACGCUGUAGCCGGAUGGCUUGGUUCCUACGGAGGCGAAGACUCGACAAACGAUAUCAGCCGAGGCGUCUGGGCGGGUACAGUUGGAACGCGACGACUGCUGAAGCUCUUCGACAAGUAUAACAUCAAGACAACAUGGUUCAUUCCCGGCCACUCUUUGGAGACCUUCCCCGAGGACAUGGCUGCAGUCCGUGAUGCAGGCCAUGAAAUCGGGCUUCAUGGCUACUCACACGAAAACCCAACGGAUAUGACCAUUGAUCAGCAGCGAGAUGUUCUCGACAAAACCUAUCGUAUGCUAACCGAGUUCGCCGGCAAACCCCCCCGAGGCAGUGUCGCCCCUUGGUGGGAGACCAGUAAAGAAGGCGCCCAGCUGCUCCUGGACUACGGCAUUGAAUAUGACCACAGUAUGAGUCAUGAAGACUGUCAAGCAUACUAUCUUCGGAUUGGUGAUUCUUGGACCAAGAUCGACUACAGUCAGAAGGCUGAGACCUGGAUGAAGCCGCUUGAGCACGGCACGCAAACCGGCCUUGUUGAAAUUCCUUCCAACUGGUACAUUGACGAUCUGCCGCCCAUGAUGUUUAUCAAGAAGGCACCAAACAGUCAUGGUUUUGUCAAUGCCCGGGAUGUGGAAGAUAUUUGGCGCGAUCACUUUGAUUACUUCUAUCGCGAAUACGAUGAGUUUAUCUUUCCGAUUACUAUUCACCCGGAUGUUUCUGGAAGGCCGCAUGUCCUGAUGAUGCACGAGCGACUGAUCGAGCACUUCAAGAAGCAUGAAGGAGUCGAAUUUGUGACUAUGGAGCAAAUGUGUGACGAGUUCAAAAAGAAGAACCCAGUUCCACCAGGAGCUCUGAUGCCUGCUCCGGUUGGAUCAAUGCUGAAGAAAUGA